AUGGUUAGUUCCGUUGUUUCUAACCCUAAUGAACGACUUGUUAAUAACAGGGUCGACAAUGAUUUGGAGUCUGUUGAUGAUAGUUUAUCCUCCCAGACCAAGUCCUAUUCUGGUUUAACUAGGAGGCUUCUUUUGGCCGUUGUUGUCCUUUUCUUUUUAGCUGGAGUCUCCGUUGUUUCUUAUUUUCUCUUUAGUAAAUACAAGAUGUUGAAUAAGUUUAAGAAGGACUUGGAUGACCAUUUGACUAGGGACUUCCCGAACUUGGAAAAGGCUAAGCGUGACACUUGUUUCGAGGAAUUGACUAGGUUGUUUGGCGACGGUUUCUUAUCUGAUGAUCCUAAGCUUGAAUACGAGGUCUACCGUGAAUUUGAAGAGUUUAACUUCAAAUACAAUAGGCGUCACGUCAAUCAACAAGAGCGUCUCAACAGGCUUGUAACUUUCCGUUCCAACUAUCUUGAGGUUCUCGAACAGAAAGGUGAUGAGGCUUAUGUUAAGGGUAUCAACAGAUUCAGUGACCUCACUGAAAAAGAAUUCUAUAGACUAUUCCCUGUUAUGAAACCACCAAAGGCAACAUAUUCAAAUGGUUACUAUUUAUUAACCCAUUUGUCAAAUACCACUUAUUUAAAAAAUUUGAAAAAGGCCUUAAAUACAAAUGAGGAUGUUGACCCCAAAAAACUAACUGGUGAAAACCUCGAUUGGAGAAGAUCAUCUUCAGUUACCUCUGUUAAGGACCAAAGUAAUUGUGGUGCUUGCUGGGCAUUCUCAACUGUGGGUUCCGUUGAGGGUUAUUACUUGUCCCACUUUGACAAAAGUUACGAUCUCAGCGUCCAAGAGUUGGUGGAUUGCGACACCUUUAGCAACGGUUGCCAAGGCGGUUUAUUGGAGUCAGCUUUCGAAUAUGUCAGAAAACAUGGUCUAGUAUCUGCCAAAGACUUGCCUUUUGUAGAUCGUACUAAAAGGUGUUCAGUACCAUCCGCUAAAAAGGUCACCGUACCAUCAUACCUUGUUUUCAAGGGAAAGGAAGUUAUGACGAAAUCACUUACCUCCUCACCAUGUUCCGUCUACGUCUCUGUUUCCCCUGAACUUGCCAAGUACAAAUCCGGAGUUUACACCGGAGAAUGCGGAAAGUCCCUGAACCACGCGGUUGUUUUGGUAGGUGAAGGAUAUGAUGAAGUCACCAAAAAGAGAUACUGGGUUGUGAAAAACUCUUGGGGAACAGAUUGGGGUGAAGAUGGUUACAUGAGACUUGAAAGAACUAACAUGGGUACAGAUAAAUGCGGAGUUCUUGACACUUCCGUAUCUCCAUUCGAACUUUAA